AUGAGCGAGAUUGCGUCCAUUGCUCAGGUCGUUGCAGAGGGGACCAGCUUGUCGCUCGCCCUGCAUGAGUUUGGAGCGCUGGUGCCUACCGCCACCGAAGACGUUCGUCGGAUUGCCAAAGCCCUCACCUUGGUGUCUCUGGAGCUUAGACAGGCCGGCGAGACUCUAAGACAGGAUGAUUCCAUCGCCUCCGGGGAGGCCAUUGAGACUAUCCAGGACAUCCUCCAGCAGUGCGAGGCUGUGUACUCUGAUAUCGAGGCAGAAGUCCCAGUAAAGAACAUUACCAGUGGGAGUGACCCCAGGACGCAUCCUCCGCCGAGAUGGAGUCUAGCACGCAGAAAAACAAUGGAGUCUCUCCUGGCGCAACUAGAAUCGCUGCGCCUCACGGUAUCUGCCAUGAUACAGGCGUUUUGCACUGGCAGGAUCAUCGCGGGGUUCCGAGCACAGACUGCUCUCACUCCGGAAAGAGCGAGGACUGCCAUCUCGAACGAGAGGAGACAGCUACGGACUCUUGUCAUCGAGCAACAACUUUCCUUACUCCAUGCAUCCAAGGCCUUCGAUGAGUAUCGGCAGAGCAGCGAGUAUACACCGGACGCACCCAUUGGGCUACUGACCCAAAAUGGUGAAACGCGGCCUGGUGAGCGAGCCGGGGAGCAUCUGCCGGCGUCCUUGGAGCUUGUCAAAUAUCAAGAGCCUUCCCUAGCCGACGUGAAGCCAUCUGAAACAGACACUGAAUGCCUGGCUCGGAUACUACAAGUGUCUAAACCGUACGUCGAGGUUCUCCUUGCCCAAUGGACCAGGCUCCCGGAGAUCGAACGGCGGAUCAAUCAGACAAGAUCAGGCAUUGAAAUGUCAAGACAACGCGAAAUAGACGACAAGAGACGAAGCCAGCAGCCAUACGCCGAGUCCGUGUUCGAUAACAGUGACGACGAGCUCCGGGAAAAGCCAGGCUUCAGGCAGAAGCAGCGACAUUCUCCUGGGCAUCGACCAAACAGUCCACUGUUGAGUGCAGCUUUCGAGCGUCCGCCGUUAGCUGUCCCUAGGCCGAAGACCCCUGUAUCGCGCUCUUCCGCCUUUCCCAUCUCGCCCAACCAGGCUUUCCCAGCAAGUCCUCCGAUGUCGCCUAGCAUUCCGCCCCCUCCUAAUAGACCGCCUUACCCAAUCUCAACCCAUUCCAACUAUGCCGUAAAUGCUCACACAUCGCCAAGCUCGAGCUUUUCUGCUAGUUUGCCAACAUCCCCUAGGUCCAGUUUUUCCGCUAACGGUUCAACUGUCGGCACGUCGCCGUCCAUCAACGUAAGAAAAAGCAACGAAGAAUUGAGGGGUGGCAGACGUGGGAUCGGCUGGCGGCUGUUGCUGCACAACAGCUACUGGGACUUCAUUGAUGACAAGCUCGUCGGCAACAACCCGCAGAUGCCUUCUCCCCAAGUCUACGCCGACCGACACACUCAGACCGAAAUCGCCAAGACAUGGGUGAGUGAGGAAGCGCUCCGAGAAGCCCAGCUGCCCUUCACCCAGAUACAGAAGGAGUACAAGGACAACGGGCGUACAAAGUUCGAGACGUGCUUUUUCAUCAAGAAGGCCUUGAAAUAUCCCGACAUCAAGCGCCUCGUCGACCGCAGCACCGUCAUCAGCGGCCAGACACGCCUAUCCCAGCAAUAUCAACCGCAGCAACCGCAGCAGCAACAGCAGCAACAGCAGUACCGACCACAACACCACCAGCAACCACCGCAACAGCGGUACGCUCCACCCCAACCUCCGCCCCUCGACCGCUCCUACACCGCCCCCUCCGCACCCCCGCAAUAUCUUAGUCCCAUCUCCCCACGCUACCCACCCGGCCCGCCGGUACCUCAACCACCACCACCUCCACCCUAUCAACAAUCUUACUCAAACCGCGCAGCGAGUGCGGCUUACUAUCCUGACGACUCGGCCAGCAGCUCGAGCGACUAUUCUGAUGGCAACAACCAUCGCUCGUCUCAUCAUCGGUCGUCGUCGAGGAAGAGGAGGGGCAGUAAUAGCGAGGGGAAGAAGCAUAGGAGUGGGCGCGCGGCGGUGGGGACGUUGGUGAAGGUUGGGGGGUUGGCGGCGUUGUUGGAGGGGUUGAGUGAUAUCGCGAUCUGA